AUGGAAGAUGGCCUUCCUGAUUAUCAAGUUAAAUUAAUCGCCUUAAGUUCAUGUAUCGGAUCUGGUUUAUUCAUCAGUAGUGCCGAUGCCAUUGCAACUGCCGGUCCAGCAGGUUGUAUCAUUGGUUAUAUCAUCAUUGCUGUAUUAAUCUUCUUCAUAGUUCAAUCAUUAGGAGAAUUAACUUCUUCAUUCCCGGUGGCAGGUAAUUUCCUAAAAUAUAAUUCAAGAUUCAUUGAUGAAUCUUGGGGUUUCGCCAUGAAUUGGAAUUAUUGUUUACAAUGGGUUAUAACUUUACCUUUAUCAUUAGUUGGUGCUUCAUUAACUAUUAAUUAUUGGAAUUCAGAUAUAAGUACCGCUGUUUGGGUAGCUAUCUUUUAUGCAAUCAUCUGUGCCAUUAAUAUCUUUGGAGUUAAAGGGUAUGGUUAUGGUGAAUCAAUGUUUUCUAUUAUAAAAGUUAUUGGUAUAGCUGGAUUUUGUAUAUUUGCUAUUAUUAUGAUUGCUGGCGGGGCUGGCGAUCAAGGAUAUAUUGGGGCUCAUUAUUGGCAUAAUCCUGGAGCAUUUGCCAAUGGAUUUAGAGGAGUGUUAAAUACUCUUAUCAAUGCAGCUUUUAGUUUUAGUGGUACUGAAUUAGUUGCCAUUGCUGCUGCUUCAUCCAGACAUCCAAGAACUUCAUUAAAGAAAGCUCUUAAACAAGUGUUUUGGAGAAUUUCCGUAUUCUACAUGCUUUCAAUUAUCCUUAUUUGUUUCUUGGUUCCUUAUAAUGAUCCAAAACUUAUGGGAAAUUCAGGUUCAUCAGCUUCACCAUUUGUUAUUGCAAUUCAAAAUGGUGGUAUUAAAAUCUUACCCUCAAUUUUCAAUGCUAUUAUUUUAUUAGCAGUUCUUUCUGUUGCUAAUGCUAGUGUAUUUGCAUCUUAUAAACCUUUAGUAGCAUUAGCAGAAGCAGGUCAUGGACCUAAAUUCUUAGGUUAUAUUGAUCAAAAGGGAAGACCAAUUUAUGCUAUUUUAAUCGCAUUAUCAUUUGGAUUAAUUGGAUUUGUAUGUGUAUCAUCAGUUCAAACUGAAGUUUUCAAUUGGUUAUUGGCAUUAAGUGGAUUAUCAACUAUUUUUAUUUGGAUUUCAAUUUCAUUAGCUCAAAUUAGAGUUAAUCAUGCUUUAAAAGUUCAAAAUAUUCCCGUAAGUAAUAAACCAUUCAAAGCCUUAGGAGGAGAUUAUGGUGCUUAUUUCUCAUUAAUCAUCAAUGUAUUAAUCUUAAUCGCUCAAUUCUACAUCGCUUUAUUCCCUAUUGGAGGUCCAAGUUUAGAUGCAGUUAAUUUCUUUCAAGCUUAUCUUGCCGCUCCUAUUGUAAUUAUAUUUUAUCUUGGUCAUAAGAUUUAUACUAAGAAUUGGAAACUUUUCAUUAAAGCAGAAGAUAUGGAUGUCACGUCCGGUAGAGUCAUUGUUGAUAUGGAUUUACUCCUUCAAGAAGUCGAAGAAGAAAAAGAACGUAGAAAUGAUCAACCUUUCUAUAUUAAAUUCUUAAACUUUUGGUGUUAG